CACUUCAAAGUGGUAUUAUCGCAAAAACUUUUUCGAGAAGCGAUACAUCCGUAUUAGAAAAAUGACGAAAUUUACGUUUGUACUUGUUGGUCUAGUGGCUCUCGCCAAUAUUCAGCUUAAUGUAGCAGCAUCAUCGGAGGGAGAAGGAGAUUCUUCGAGGGAAUUACUGAGAAUGAUUUUAGAUGAUGCAAGAAAUUAUGCAUCUCGGCAACUGAAUGCUAUGAAAAUGUCAACACAGCCUAAGACUGAUAUGUUUAUCAAACGUGUGACUGAAAUUGAGAAAAAGGCUUUGACUAAAAGAGAUGAUUUGGAAAAAAUUUACGGUGAUGCGAACAUUGAUAUUUGCAAGAAGGAUAAAGUGAAGGAUGACAUAGAUAACAGUGCUUUAACAACUAUUGGUCAAUAUCAGACCUGUGUGAUCAAUGUGAUCAAUACUGCCGAUGAGGAUAUGGAUUCCAUGUCUGUUGACUGGGUUCUCCUGCACAAAGAAGUCUCGACCGCUAAAAACAUCGAUGAGGAAUUACGUCGCAAAGUUAACGAAUUCAGUGCGAGGUCUCGCCAAUUUAUACAGUACACGCACAAAGUGGACGCAUGCAAUGCUCAGUCGACCUUGCCGCAACUCGAGCAACGUGUCUCCGAGGUUGUGGCCAGUUAUACGCAAUGCCUCAAGAAAAAUCAGUAAUGAUCAGUUUGAUUACCGUAUUAUCGAGGAAAGAUGAUGACUCGCUACUCGACAAAGGACUCCCGACAAAGGACUUACAUUAAGAAGAGAUAAUCGUCAAUCUUUCUGACUUUGCAGCAUAAUAAAUAAAUAAUUUUACGCUUUAAA